UUUUCAGUUACUGCUGAGAGUUGGUUUGCCAUCGUGCGCGGGCGUUAAAAGUAUUAUAAGUUGUUAUUUAGUACUGUUUUGCAUGCACUAUAUUGUAUGUGUUCAAGUGUGUGACAGUGCGUGCACCGCACAGCUGUUUAGGCGACGUCGAAUAUUGCAAUACCUAUUCAUAACCAAAUGCAGUGCUUUUAAUUUGUGAUUUUUUUUUUAAUAAUAAUAUUUAAUAUUUACGUACCCAUGUAUGUGUAUGUAAAUACGUAUGUACGCAAGUAGGGAAUAGGAUAACCGGAUAUUAUUGAGGGACAAGUCAGCCGCACACAACGGAAAAUAAACACCGUUGAGUUGAGCGAGUCAGCGAUUCCGGCAACGCAGAAAACAAAAUUGGACGUUAGACUAUUGUCUCACACGCUAUUGUAUGGAAAUCCAAGGAUAAGGCGAGUUAAAUUAGUUAGGAGCAGGAUAUGAAGGGAUGAGACAACAUGGGCAAAGUUACAACAUGUGAUAAAUUUUUGCUCUUGCUUUGGAAAAACUGGGUUAUUCAAUGCAAUCACAAAACGCAACUUGUUUUCGAGUUGCUUCUCCCGGUAUUUUUCAUUCUGCUGGUGGCACUGGUACGCGUCGUGGUUGAAGUUGAUAACAUAGAAGAACUGCAUUAUGCACAACAAAAAAUCGACAAUUUACAGUUAUUUAAAUCUGAAAUUGAAAAUGGGCGUCGCAUGAACUCGCUCAUGACCCUACUAACUACAAAGAGUGAAUCCAUAAAAAAGGUAUCCGACAGUACUAUGCCUGCCUUUACGCUGGUGUACUCGCCCAGGAAUGAUGCGCUGCAGGAUUUAGUGCAGGAUGCGGCAACGAGCUUGGGCAUGACCAUUUCGGGUGCCGACAAUGCCCAGGAUCUUGAAAACCAAGUGCUAGGCAAAAAUGCCUUUGCCGGCGUACUAUUCAAUGCAUCCAUGGCCAAUAUUAAAGUACUGCCGGAAAAGUUUGAAUACACAUUGCGCUUUCCAUCAGAGCUGCGGACGGCAACAGCCACGUUGUGGAAAACGUGGCUAACCAAGCGAUUAUUUUUAUCUUCUAUGAUAGCAGGACCGCGUAAUUAUGAAGAUGACGAUGGCGGAAUACCGCCGGGCUAUUUGCGCGAGGGUUUCCUGCCCAUACAGAACGCGAUUACCAUGGCCUAUAUACGAAAAAUGGCGAAAGGUACGGAACAAUUGCCCGAGGUUGUGAUGCAACGAUAUCCGUAUCCGGCCGGGGUAAUUGAUCCAUUUAUAAACUCAGUUAGCGCUAUGUUCGCCUUCCUAAUGCUGUUGAGCUUUAUCUAUCCUUGCACGUGCAUUACCAAGUACGUUGCCAUGGAAAAGGAAUUGCAAUUGAAGGAGGUUAUGAAAAUAAUGGGACUGCAGAACUGGUUACACUGGGCCGCCUGGUUUGUUAAGUUCUUCAUCAUGCUCACCAUAUCGAUAGUUUUGAUGAUCGUUUUUAUGAAAAUACGUUAUUCCGAGAACGUCGCCGUCUUUACCCAUGCCGAUAUUUCCGUGCUGAUAGUUUUUUUCCUCGCGUACAUAACAGCCACCAUUUGCUUCUGCUUCAUGAUGGCCUCUUUCUUCUCGAAGGCCAGCACAGCGGCAGCGGUGACAGGACUUAUCUGGUUCAUUACCUUUGUCCCGUUUAUGUUCACAUCAGAAACAUAUGACUCGCUCACUUUUUCCGAAAAGAUGGGCCUGUGUACUAUAUUGAAUACCGCAAUGGCAUAUGGCAUAACUAUAAUAAUGCGAUUCGAGGGUACGGAAGAAGGCCUGCAGUGGAGUAACCUUUUCAGGCCGGUCAACGUCGAUGACAACUUAACCGUUGGAUAUGUCAUUAUCAUGCUGCUGAUCUCCGCUGCCCUCUAUAUGCUCAUCUGCUUGUAUAUUGAGCAGAUAUUUCCUGGAGAUUAUGGAGUUCGGCGCAAAUGGUAUUUCCCCUGUACGCGCGUGUUUUGGUGCGGCAAAGAUAAAUAUCAGACCGAUGAGAAUAUUAACAAUGAACCGGAGCAAAAUACUUCGGUUGGCUUUGAGGCGGAGCCUCGAGGCAAACGCGUUGGCCUGGAGAUUAAAAAUCUAAAGAAAGUAUUUGAUGGCAAGGUGGUUGUCAAGGGAAUAUCGGCUAAAAUGUUCGAAGAUGAGAUCACCGUGCUACUGGGCCACAAUGGUGCUGGUAAAACGACCACCAUAUCCAUGCUGACUGGUAUGUUGCCGCCCACUUCCGGCACGGCCAUCAUCAAUGGCAGCGACAUAUGCACCAAUAUCAAGGGCGCGCGCAUGUCUCUUGGCGUUUGCCCUCAGCAUAAUGUGCUUUUUGGCGAUAUGAGCGUUGCGAACCACUUGCGCUUCUUCAGUCGGCUAAAAGGUGCUAAGGGCAAGGCAGUAACGAAAGAGGUGGACAAGUAUUUGAAGAUGAUUCAACUGGAGGAUAAAGCAAACACUCCUGCCGAUAAAUUGUCGGGUGGCAUGAAACGCAAACUGUCCCUCUGCUGUGCCCUUUGCGGAGAUACCAAGGUUGUGCUUUGCGAUGAGCCAAGCUCCGGUAUGGAUCCAUCCGCGCGACGACAACUCUGGGAUCUACUGCGACAUGAGAAAGCGGGCCGCACCAUACUGCUGACCACACAUUUUAUGGAUGAGGCCGACGUGCUGGGUGAUCGCAUUGCCAUCAUGUGCGAUGGAAUGAUCAAAUGUAACGGUUCCUCAUUCUUUCUGAAGAAGCAAUUCGGUCCUGGCUAUAGUCUGGUCUGUGUCAAGAAGAACAAUUGUCAAACGGCGGAGGUGACGGCAUUGCUUAGCAAGUAUAUUCCAGGAAUACGGCCAAAGAGCGAUAUUGGGACAGAGCUAGCCUAUAAUUUGCCCGACAGCUACUCGUUUAAGUUUGAGAAACUAUUUAAGGAACUGGAGAUGCGCACAGCGGAACUGAAUCUGGAGGGCUUUGGCGUGGGCAAUACCUCUUUGGAAGAGGUAUUCAUGAAAAUGGGUGCCGAAGUAACAGUCGAUCGCAGUGAGGAGGAACUGGCGGAUAGGUUAAAAGGUGGUGCUGUCCCCAAUAAUGCUGACACCGAGUCAAUGAAAUCGGAUGCCGCCCUCUCGAACAAUUCUCAACUGUUGCGCGGCAUGAAGCUGGUGUCGAACCAAUGGCAUGCAAUGAUCUACAAGAAGGCGAUCUAUUCUUAUCGAAAAGUUCUAUUGCUAAUCUUACAAAACUUUAUGGCCAUAUUUUUUGUGGUUCUGACAAUAAUGAUUGUACGUUCGCUUGGUGUCAGCCGAGACCUGCCGCCGAUAACGAUAGGCCUGACACAGUAUCCCGUUGCGGUGACUGUCAUGGAACGCGUGCAAGGCUUGGCAGAGAAUUCGUUAAAUUAUCGUAUUGCCAAAAAAUACGAAGACCUGGCAAAGUCAUUUGGCUCAGAUUAUACAUACGAGAGCACGGGCGAUAAACCCUUUACAAAGUACAUACUGGACUUGAGCGCGUCCCUGCAGGUUUGGAUAAACGCACGAUACCUUGCAGCCGCCAGCUUUGGAAAUGACAAAAUAAUCGCCUGGCUGAACAAUCAGCCGCUGCACACGGCACCCCUCACAAUUAACAUGGUGCAUAAUGCGAUUGCCCGGGAACUGAUCGGAGAGGAUACGAAAAUCACUGUUUCCAAUUGGCCGCUGCCCUAUAAGACGGAAACCCUGCUGCAGCAGCUGCAGAUGGGCAACAGUUUGGGCGCACAGUUGGCCUCUAAUAUAGCCUUCUGCAUGUGCUUUAUUACCGCCUUUUACGCACUGUUUAUGAUAAACGAACGGCAAUCGCGAGCCAAACUGCUACAGUUCGUUUGCGGCGUCAAGGGAUGGAUAUUCUGGUUCUCAAUGUUUCUUUGGGACUUCGUCACCCUUUUGUUUACGACUGUGCUUAUAAUUGUGACCUUGGCCUGUUUCCAGGAAGCGCAUUUUAGCACAUUUGAAGAGCUGGGUCGCAUCGCUUUGGUGUUGAUCGUCUUUGGCUUUUCGGUGCUGCCCUUUACCUACGCCUUCUCGUUAUGCUUUAAGGACGCAUCGACAGGCUACGCACGCAUCUCUAUAUUUAAUUGUUUGUUUGGCAUAGCUAUGUUUCUUACUUUCGUUAUACUCGCAAACUUUUACUCCGAUUCAACUAUAUAUAAAGCUCUGAAUCGAAUUUUCAAUCUUUAUCCACACUUCGCGCUGGCCAUGACUAUCAACAAGUUAAGCAUAAGUGCUGCCUCGCGAUCUGCCUGCUCCAAGCUUAGCGGCCUGCCGCCCAUUCUAAUCUGUGAGAUGGUGCCUAGUUGCUGCAGCCUUCCGGAUUACUUUGCUUUUGAACAUCCCGGAGUUUUGACCGAGAUUCUUUCCAUGCUCUUUGUCGGCAUCAUCAUUUUCAUACUACUCGUGUUAGGCUCAUAUGGCAUGCGCUUCAACUGCGGAAUGUUAAUGAGGAGACGUCAUCCACCCCCACGUACGGAUAUUGACAACGAUGUGCUGAACGAGAAACUGCGCGUUGAGAACAUGUCUCCCGAAGAGAAAGCCAGCAAGAAUCUGGUUUUGGAUAACUUGUCCAAGUAUUAUGGGCCCUUUCUUGCAGUCAAUCAGGUGUCGCUUUGUGUGGAAGAAAGCGAAUGCUUUGGCAUGUUGGGUGUAAAUGGUGCUGGCAAGACGACUACCUUCAAGAUGAUGACCGGAGACGAGACAAUAUCCUUGGGCACUGCUUACGUGCAGGGCCUGAAUUUGAAGAAAGAGAUGAACAAAGUUUACGAAAAGAUUGGCUACUGUCCGCAGUUCGAUGCGCUGUUAGAUAAUUUAACAGGCCGUGAAAAUCUUAAAAUUUUCUGCCUGUUGCGCGGCGUGCAGCCGGAGAACAUUAAAACUAUUUCCGAGGAUCUGGCCAAGACAUUUGGCUUUACAAAGCAUAUCGACAAAAGAACAAAGAAAUAUAGCGGCGGAAAUAAGCGUAAACUGAGCGCGGCCAUCGCAGUGAUUGGCUCUCCGACUAUAAUAUAUAUGGAUGAGCCCACCACGGGCAUGGAUCCAGCUGCACGACGUCACCUAUGGAAUAUUGUGUGUCGCCUACGGGAUGGAGGCAAAUCUAUCGUGCUCACAUCUCACAGUAUGGAAGAGUGCGAGGCACUAUGUACACGACUGGCUGUUAUGGUUAACGGCGAGCUCAAGUGCAUUGGCUCUACGCAGCAUUUGAAAAACAAGUUCUCCAAAGGUCGUGUACUUAAACUGAAAGUGAGACGCAGUACAGAACCGCACAGUCAACUCCAAAAACCAUACAGUGAAAGCACAGUCAAAAUGCCUGUCUCCGAUGACAAUUUGAUGACACCGCUUGCAUACGAAGGCAGCAGUGCGCCGACGCCAAUCGCACACGAUGGCAGGAGCAAAACAACAUUGGACCGUAGCGACAACAAUUUGGGGAACGCAGAAAUCUCAACGGAGCUGUUGCCGGGUACACCAAUUCCCUACUCGGCCAGCGUUGCUGAUAUACGCCGGACGAGCAGCUCGAAUACCCCCAAUUGGCAAGGUGCGGAGGAUAUUGUGGAUGACAUUGACAAAGUCAAGAAGUUUGUAAGCACCAAUUUCCCAGACGCCGUUUUGCAGGAAGAAUAUCAGGGCAUGUUGACCUAUUACAUUCCAUUGCAAGGCAUCAAAUGGUCGGAAAUCUUUGGCUUAAUAGAGCGCAAUCGUGAUGAUCUAAAUGUGGAAGAUUACUCCAUAACUCAGACGACGUUGGAAGAGAUAUUCUUAGAAUUUGCUCAGCUACAAGCUGAGGAUACGCGCAACGUGAAAUCCCGUCGAAAUUGUUGCGGUUGCUGAGUAUCCAGACUUACUCGACUAUAUUUACCUAAUAUGGCUUUCAUACCCCAAUGCGGAAACUGCCACGGAAUACUAGGUAGAACUACUGUCGGUGAUCCCAACAAUAUCACAACUUAGAUGCUAAGUUUACCAAGAAGGGUUUUAAGAUAGAAACGUACGUACAUAAACGGCAUUGCCUUGUAAAAUGUGUGAUUUAAUAGCAAAAUUAAAGGUAAGAAACCGUGUAUAGGAACAAAUAGAAGAUCUAGAAACGGUUUCUAGAAAAAAAUAGUA